CCAAGUUUAGUGGUGCUCAUGUUACACAGAUCUCCUCACUCCUAUCUGUCAUUGUGUCCUGGUUAUCAUCACCUCCAGAAACCCUUUCGAGGACAAGCUGAGGAGACUUCAAUUCAAAGCCUUUUUUUAGUUUUUAAAAUCAACUCACUUUUAAGUGCCAACGUUUCCAGGUGUCGCUCGCAGGUGUCUGUGGCAGUCAGGAUGCAGCUGGUGGCAUUUACUGUUCUCUCCUCCACUCUGCUGCUUCUAGCAGUGAUCCCUUCUGUGUAUCUACAGCCAGAUUGUUCUCAGGCCGAGUCAUGUGACCUGUGUGUCGGCGAUUCCAUGCUCAACCUGACAGGCUGUGUCUGGAGGCUUUGUCCAAAUGGCAAUGAUACAGGCAUGUGUGUGACCGAUGAAGGGGAUUCGGCAGACAACGGCAUGAACUGUAGCUGGACCAGAGUGUCUGAAUUGUGCACAGUUGUAGAGAGUGUCGCUGCGGGAGGUGGUGAAACCGUUUCAGGUGAUGACAGCAACACCAACUCCUCCCCCGAGUUCUCCCAGGCCAAGUUCGACAUGUCCAGCUUCAUAGGCGGCAUCAUACUCGUGCUGUGUCUGCAGGCAGGCGGCUUCUUCGCCAUGCGCUUCCUCAAAUCCAAAGAGCAGAGCAGCUACGACCCCAUAGAGCAGCCACAGUGAAGACAAGAUAAAUGACGGACAAGCAGACGGUGCAGAGAAGGACAGCAGAACGGUGACUCAUCUGGUUAUGACGACAAGAUUUUUUUCCCUCUCCCUUUUUCCCCCUGUCGUUUUUUUGGUCUGGUCCCUGUGUGUACCCCCUGGGGGACGGGUGUGUUUGUAAGAGGACAUAUUCCCAAAAUACUGCAUUGUGUAACAAGUGUCUGUGCAUGAGCUCACUGCAGUAUUUACAGUUCACGAUCAGUGUGUUAGAUGCACGGUCAAGCAAGACUUUGAUUUCUGCAGAAUUUUAUGCAACUGCUUUGUGAUCAUAUAAUUCACCUUACAUCUUAAUAUACAGUAAUUUAGGUGUUUAUACUGUUAUAAAUAGUGUGGUGCAGUUAUGUUAUUAAAUGUAGGCUGUAGUUUAGAAAAGGUCACAACAAACAUUUUAUCCAUUGUCUAUGAGUAGAUUUCUGUUCAUAUGCAUUUUGAUAACUUUCUAGAGUUUUUUUGAAACAAAAAAUAACCAAAUGUUAACCUGUAAUGUAUGAAAUUAUUGAUUAAUAUAAUAUAAAUAUAGUAACCAAGGUCCUAAAGUCCACUCACAGGCUGUUAUACCUCUUUCCUUUAAGUUGCAGUGAGUGUUGGUGCUGCUGCUGAUGCAGGGAGCAGCUUGUAUAGCCACUGACAUCACUGCUUCCAGCUUUGGGGUCGGCUGUUUUAUGGUGGCCUGCUACUGCCAGUCUUAUUUUAGUGGGGAAAAAAAAUAAGCUACAGCUCGGAAACCUGCACCUCACUGAUGGAAAAGAAGUGUUAGAGAUAACAACUGUGAUGACAACCUGUGAACCACUGAGAAAGACACACCAUAACCUAAAACCUGAGCCCUAAUAUCAGAGUCAGGAUUUCAAUCUUCAUAAAAACCUCCAGUAAUGACUCUAGUGGUGCAUUACUUUUAUUUGGAUGCUCUUACUCUAAGUAGUGCAGACAAUUUCUAUCUUAAAAAAAAAAAAAAAAAUCAAAGUUGUAUUCAUGGAGAAGAACUCUGACUUGAUUUCUCAGAUUUAUAAUAAAGUUUGAACCAUUUGAUUGCUGUUAUAAAACAGGUGACAUAGACUUGAUCCUGUUUAAAUAAUACUAAUGUUGGUUAAACUCAUUAAUAUGACCUGUUUGAUUUUUUUGUGA